AAGAUGGCGGCGCCCACCGCGGCAGCGGCUGGGGCCGGGCGGAAGCGGAAGUGUGGAGGCGCCGGCGCACACGGCUGCUCGCCCCGCUGAGGGGACCUCCGCAGCCCCCGCCAACCCCAGCAAUGCUGAUGAGCUCCCCUCCGCCAUGCUCCUCGCCUCCUACUUCGCCUGCACCCUCCUCCUGGCUGCCUGCCUGGUGCUGGAGCUGGCUGCCUGCCGCUCCCGCCCCUCUGCCGCCCCCCACCAUGCCAACCCGGCCUUCCGCCGCUUCCAGCGUGGCUACUACUGUGUCUAUCUGCUGGCACUGGCCGCCGACUGGCUGCAGGGACCCUACCUCUACAAACUCUACCAGCACUACCGCUUCCUGGAGGGACAGAUCGCUAUCCUCUAUGUCUGCGGCUUCGCCUCCAGCGUCCUUUUUGGGUUGGUUUCCUCCUCUUUAGUAGAUCGAUUGGGUCGGAAAAAAUCCUGCGUCCUUUUUUCUUUCACCUACUCAAUUUGUUGUUUGACCAAACUCUCCCGGGAUUAUCUGGUGCUGGUGGCGGGGAGAGUUUUAGGGGGGUUGUCCACAGCAUUGCUUUUCUCCGCCUUCGAGGCAUGGUACGUCCACGAGCAUGUGGAGCGGUACGAUUUUCCAACUGAGUGGAUUGCUGUCACCUUCUCACGGGCGGCUUUUUGGAACAACAUCAUUGCUGUGGGGGCUGGGGGAGCAGCUGAUUUCUUUGCUGAGUGGUUGGGGUUGGGCCCAGUGGCCCCGUUCAUGGUCUCCAUUCCCCUACUGGUGCUGUCUGGGGUCUUUGCCGUGAAAAAUUGGGAUGAAAACUACGGAAAGAAGCGGGCUUUCUCCAAAACCUGUGGUGACGGUUUGAAGUGCCUCCUCUCCGACCGGCGCAUCCUUCUCCUAGGCACCAUCCAGGCUCUGUUUGAAAGUGUCAUCUACAUCUUCAUCUUCCUCUGGACCCCUGUCCUGGACCCCCACGGUGCUCCCUUGGGUAUCGUCUUCUCUGGCUUCAUGGCCGCCAGUAUGUUGGGCUCCUCACUCUACCACCUGGCUGUCUCCAAGAGGUACCACCUCCAGCCUGUCCACCUCCUCUCCCUCGCCGUCCUCCUGGUAUUCUUCUCCCUCUUCAUGCUCACCUUCUCCACAAACCCUGGCCAGGAGAGCCCAGCCGAGUCCUUCCUCGCCUUCCUGCUCAUCGAACUCUCCUGUGGGCUCUACUUCCCAGCCAUGGGUUUCCUCCGACGGAAAGUAGUGCCGGAGAAGGAUCGCCUGGGGGUGAUGAACUGGUUUCGCCUCCCCCUGAACUUACUGGCCUGUCUGGGUUUGCUGAUUCUCCAUGACAGCGACCGUCAGACAGGUACCAGGAGCAUGUUUGGCAUCUGUGCAGCCGUUGCGCUGCUAGCGCUGCUGGCUGUCGGCCGUCUCUUUGCCCUCAGCCGCCAUGACGCUGAGCUCCGCCUGCCCGUGCCACCGGGACAGGCCGACGGUGACGCCACACCCGAGCUGUGACGGGUUCCUGUGACAGGUAUCGCCCCCCUGAGGGACUGGGAAGGGGAUGUGGGGACACCCUGACCAGCUGCUACAGGGUGAGUGCUCCCCCCAGGUGGCUGAUGAUCCCCAAAACAUCCUCAUCCCCAACAUCUCCAUAGGUGGCAGGGGGGGUUGGAAGCACACAGGAGAUGUAUUCUCUCUUUUAAAAAAAAAAAAAAAAACCACAACAAAAUAAAAGGCGUUUCUGCAGAUCCCUAAUCCCCCUCUGCGCAUGUUUUUGGGGGAACCUGCUCUCGAUCUGCCCCCCUGC